AUGCGUGCCGCCAAAGCCCAGACGCGGACGACGGACGAAUUUCAGCGGUCCAAUUCAACUACCAAUGCCUUCGUAGGUGGCACACAAAAAGCCUGGAUGACAGGCCAAUCACCGCAGUCCACACGAGAUCGAUCCACCCCAAAAGUCUCCAUGCCGAAAGCCCAAGAGCAAGCAUCAAUAAUUUCACGUAGAGCUGAGUUGGCGCCCGAGGUAUCCGUGACUGGGAAGAACAGCGACCUGCCUAGUACAGCAUUCGGACCCGACUCCGACCGUGGCAGCUGCCCUGCGCAACUGCAGAUGCAGGGAGGCGCAAAGAAUCACACAACUAGGCCUUCGACUUCUCUCGCUGCCGGCUCAAUUCCGCCGGUCCUAUCGCCGCCGGCGCUAGAAGAAAAUCCAUACACCCCACCGGCAAUUCCGAUGGACGUCUCUGCCAACGCCGAGAAUGUACUCCCAUCUCCAAGCCCAAGCGUGGAAGCUCCGCAAAACAGCGUCCAUGCGGUAGAAAUCGAAGACGAAGGACCACAGCCUCAACCAACCGAAGCCCGGCCGGUCCAGGCCCCAACGGCAACCCUAGAGGAGCUCGUGACAAGAUGCGGAGGCAUGGACAAGUUUCAGAAACUGCUCAAGGAUGCUGGAAAAAGUAACUACGGGCCUAGUCAGAUAGCUGCUUAUGCGGUUGCACCAGAAUUGUCUGGCGCUAGCUCAUCGAGCUGUCCUCGACAACAAGGUCGGCCUCCGGGCUCCAAGAGCCAACCAAGGUCGGAAGCUGAUCAUGAUCUUCCAGCUUUCGUCGCCAACAAACGCCCGCAAGACGUCACGAACGAGCCUAGGAAGCGACUGCAAAGCCUUCCCGGCUCAUCUUCCGAAGACGCUUUAGUAAUACCAUCGAAGACUACAGCGCUACCCAGUCAGGAAGGUCAGAGUAGUGCAGCCGUCAGUUCUUCAGGAAUCGAGAUGCAUCCAUUCUUUUGGGCCCUGACACAACGGAUGCAGCUCGUCACAAUUUUGCCAAACCGCGAAGGUAGCCAUAUCGAGCGGCCACGUUUAGGAUUGCUUCGCGAGGCCUGCGAAAAAUCGGAUCACUUCUAUCUAGUCUUGCAUCAACUCUUUUGCUUCGACCACGAAGUUCGAAAGUCAAAUAGACAGAUACCCGGUCUCAACGAAAUGCACAGAAAGGGCCUGGACGUGGUUGCCUUUUUGUUGGUUUCUAAUGGAAAAAUGGUCGACGAGGCCGUUUCAUGGUUUUCGACCUUUCCUUUACCUUUAGUGGACUUGAUUAUGAAGAGGCCAGAGUUUGCAUCCGCAUACGCUAGCGUACUGAGAUGUCUAGAGAAGAUGGCAACGUUUUGGGAUGACAUGUGGUCUCGGUGCACGAAAAGGAUGUAUCCGCCUCUGGUCGACGAGCUCAUUGUGCUUUUCAAUGUAGAAUCAUUUCUGUUCCAGCAGAUCAUUUUCCGCGCAGUGUUGAGGGACAUAUGGCCUGGCAAGCCGGAUGAUUGUUUUUACAAUACUGAAGACGUAUUCAAUAGAGACUACAAAGAUGUCAUGAGCCGCUUGUCAUCAGGCAGCAUCCCCGUCGAAUUAGUAACGCUCUACCAACAGGCUGUUAUCAAGGACUAUCAGCAAGCACUGGGGUUCCACCGAGGACAUACAGUCGCACAGCCAACGGCGAGUGUAGCUCCUCCGCGGCAGCAACAGAGUCAGGCUCGUCUAGCCCCAGCAAACGCAAAUUCAAACAGACGCAAUACGUCUCAGUCUGAGCACAACAUGAAUACUCAAUCUCCUCUGCCAGUCGAUCUACACGCAGCACAGCGCCACAGUCUAUCCGCUGUGUCGGGCCCAGCGCCCAUAGCGAUCCAGGAAAUUCAGAUCUGUAGACAAGGCAACCUUUUGAGUCAAUUUCAAACUCUAGCCUCCAAUAGAUUUACACAAUCACCUACGACAUUGCAGGGCUUUUCUAGUCCAGGUGCCUCCAUGAACUCACCCGGGCAACGAAUCGGUCAGCAGCACCAGAGGGAACGUCGCACGUCCGGUAUUGCGGGAAAUUCAUUGGGGGCUCUUGAUAAUCUUCACGACAAUCCAUUGCCGACGACGCCAGCCCAACGAACACCGUAUGUGCUACCAACAAACGUGCCCAGACAUUCUCAUGCGCACCAAAUCCAGCAGAAUAUUGGACUGCAACAGCAGUCUCAUAACCGAGUACCAUCUUCAAACAUUGCUAAUCCUCGGCCCCGUACACAGCCUGAAAAUCGGAGAACCUUUAGCAACCACGCAAGUGAAACAAGUCUGCCGGCACUGAGUCCCCAACCAUUCAUACACUCCUCCUCUUCUCUUCCGCCCCAUACGAACCCCACUCCAUUCAUACGCUCCUACCCUGCUCUUCCAACUCAUGCAAAUCCCACCGUGUCCGCUCUCCAUCAAGCUCACCUCAGGAGUCCAACACUGGCAUACUUUGACCCGAAGGAGGAUCCAAGCAGCAUGGCAAAGUGCUACAGAUUUAUCAAGCAUAUCUUAAUGCCUCCCGAGGAGCUCAACAGCCAAAGUCGCCAUGUGAGCUGGGACUUCAGCGUGAGCAAAGAGCUCACCGAUUGGUUCGCACGUGAUACCCCCGGUUCUCAUGGGGCUCCCUCAACAAGGGCGAUCGUGCCAGGCUCUCGGCUUUGUCGAAUCCGCUGCAUAAGUCUCAAGGACAGAGCUGGGAUGCCUACUCAGAAUGAGUGGGCUGUUGCAGACAAUGUCUGGCCAGGUAGCACCGCCGUCGUUCUCAACGGAAUUGCGCUUGACAUUCGGAAGAAGACACAUCACGGAAAAGACCUUCCUAUCGACGUGACGUCUUAUAUUAAAGAGGGCCAGAACAGUCUCUCGACCGCUGUCAUCGGUUUUCAAAAAGAUAGCAACACCAGGUUUGCCAUUGGAGUAGAAAUCAUACAGGUCGUCGACGAGCAGAAGAUCAAGGAUGAGAUGAAGAUUCUCCCAUGGCUCGAGGCCCGCAAGCGCAUUCUAGAUCAGUCCAAAACUCCGGAUCCGGAGAUCGAAGUCAUCCAAUCACAAAAGGUGCUUGACCUCACCGACCCCUUCACCGCCCGCAUCUUCGAUGUCCCGGUGAGAGGAAUAAACUGCCACCAUAACCAAUGCUUCGACCGCGAUACCUUCCUACAAACGCGUACUGCCAAAGUCCCCGGCGAACCGUGUGGACCAGAUGAAUUCAGGUGCCCUAUCUGCGGCCAGGAUGCCCGGCCACAGAGUCUGAUGAUUGACACAUUCUUCGUGGACGUACGCACGGCGCUCAAAGAAAGAGGUAAAUUGGACGCAAAGGUGAUCAUACUUCACGACUCUGGAGAGUGGGAGAUCAAGGAGGAGGAAGAGGCGACUGGCGAGUCUGGGGACGGCACAGGCAGGAAGAGUGCGGGGCUGGCGGCAGCAAGGACCGCGAGCGUGUCGGCGGCGAGGCAGAGUGCGCCUCGUGAGGUGAUUGACCUCGAGGAUGAUUGA